AUGGCUGCAGGUCUAAACACUGAAAGGGAUGCCAAUCCCAGCCAACCCGAAGUAGAGAAAACACUUGCAGAUUUUGAUCCUGUAAAGAAACCAAAAAGAAACAAAAUUGCUUUUGCUUGUGCAAUCUUAGCUUCCAUGACUUCAGUCUUGCUUGGUUACGAUGUCGGAGUAAUGACUGGAGCUAACAUCUACAUCCAACAUGACUUUAAACUCAGUGACUUUCAAGUAGCAUUACUUGUGGGAACUUUUAACUUGUACUGUCUUGUUGGCUCCGCCGUUUCUGGCCGGAUCUCGGAUUGGAUUGGUCGUCGAUACAGUAUUGUGGUGGCCGGAGCCAUUUUUUUUGUUGGAGCUCUACUCAUGGGAUUUGCCACAAAUUAUGCCUUUCUCAUGUUUGGUCGCUUUGUCGCUGGUUUUGGAGUUGGUUAUGCCGUCCUGAUUGCCCCAGUUUACACUGUUGAAGUUUCUCCAGCCUCUUCUCGUGGAUUUCUCACCUCUUUUCCAGAAGUGUUCAUUAACGCUGGGAUCUUACUUGGAUAUGUAUCGAAUUAUGCGUUCUCUAAGCUCCCAACUAACCUAGGUUGGCGAUUCAUGCUUGGAAUUGGAGCAGUUCCUUCAGUUUUCUUAGCUUUGGUUGUUUUAGGCAUGCCCGAGUCUCCACGGUGGCUAGUCAUGCAAGGUCGACUCCGUGAUGCCAGAAAAGUUCUUGACAAAACCUCCGAUUCUAAAGAAGAAUCCCAAGAAAGGUUAUCGGACAUAAAAGAAGCCGCCGGAAUUCCGCAAGAUUGCAACGAUGACGUUGUCCAUAUGCAAAAACAGAGUCAUGGCGAAGGUGUUUGGAAAGAAUUACUCGUUCAUCCAACACGUUCUGUUCGUCACAUCUUGAUUUGUGCGAUCGGUAUUAAUAUCUUCCAACAAGCUUCAGGAAUAGAUGCGGUCGUUAUGUACAGUCCGAGGAUCUUCGAAAAGGCGGGAAUCACAUCAUCCAAUGAUAAAUUACUAGCAACUGUAGCGGUUGUAUUCACCAAAACCGUUUUCAUAUUAGUGGCCACUGUUUUACUAGAUAGGAUUGGACGACGCCCGUUGCUUCUAAGUAGUGUUGGGGGUAUGAUACUGUCCCUAGCAACCCUCGGAUUCGGGCUGACGAUGAUUGAUCAUUCACAUGAGAAACUAUCAUGGGCCGUUGCAUUAUCAAUUGCUAUGGUAUUGGCAUUUGUUGCAUUCUUUUCCAUAGGAUUGGGACCGGUAACUUGGGUUUACAUUUCAGAGAUUUUCCCACUAAGAUUACGUGCUCAAGGUAUAAGUAUGGGAGUGGCAGUUAAUAGAGUGACAAGUGGGGCAAUAUCUACAACUUUUAUUAUGCUAUACAAGGCCAUUACUAUUGGUGGAGCCUUUUUCCUUUUCGCUGGAAUUGCAAUGGUGGGAUGGGUGUUCUUUUUUGCAUGUUUGCCUGAGACACGAGGUAGAACUUUAGAGGAUAUGGGAGUGCUUUUUGGUAAUGUUAUCAAAUGGAGGUCUGUUUUAAACGAUGAACAGAAGGAGGAGGAAGUUUGGGGUGAAAAUGGUGGUAAAAUUCAGAUGGGAACUAAAGGUUAA